UUAGUGCCCCAAAAAUUGCCGUUUUGUAUUUUAAAUUUGAUUUCGAAGCUGACCAUUUGGUAGCAGUGUGAGUGAUGCAAUUAUGGCCGAAACGGCAACCGGAGCCGGAGCCCCCGGCACCGCAAACUUCGAGAUGGUCCAAACAGGCAAAGCCGGCGAAGCCAGUCCGCUCGCCCGUCAGCAAUGUGGGCCUGUACAAGGCCAUCUUCUACAGCAACAUUGGGUCCUUCCUCUUCGGGAUCGCCGUGGGCUGGUCAGGAGCGGCGGAGAAGUCGGUGAUGGAGCAGCACUCCUAUGACUUUCAGCCCACGGCGGGUGAAUGGAACGGCGUGUGCAGCCUGUUGACCUUGGGGGCGGCGGUUUGGUGUGUGCCCAUGGGGUUCCUUUCGCGCUCCUGCGGCUGCCGGCGCACCAUCAUCCUCCAACUGGUGCCCAACACCCUGGGCUGGAUCCUCUUGGUCUUCGCCCGAAGCAUCCCCAUGCUGUACGCCGGUCGCUUCGUCCUGGGAAUGUGCGGCGGUGCUCACUGCGUGGUGGUUCCCAUCUACAGCGCCCAAAUCAGUCCGACUAAAAAACGCGGGGCAAUGGGUGUGGUCUUUCAGGGGGCCUGCAUUUGCGGCGUGAUCUACAGCUUCCUGAUGUCCAUUGUCCUCGAGCUGUGGAUCAUCCACUGCCUGACCCUGUGUCUGCUCGCCCUGGGCCUGCUGCAGUUGCUCAUGCCGGAGUCGCCGGCGUACUAUGUGGACCGGGGUAACAUUCCGCGGGCGGAGGCCUCGCUGCUCUUCCUGCGCGGCAAGAAGUACGACACCAAGCGGGAGCUCGACCAUCUGACGCGGAAACCCACGCGGAGUGAGCAGGACGUGCGCCAAGGACCGCUGCAGGGCUUCAAGUAUAAGAAAAUACGAAGGAGUCUGGCGCGGAUCUUGACGCUCGCCGUGCUCCAGAAGCUGUGUGGAGCCCUGAUCUUCAUCUUCUAUGGCCAGGACAUGCUGGAAUGCCUCCAGAUUCGCCGCGAAUACGGAGCAGUCCUGGGCGCAGGGGUGACCAUCGGGUUUUUCAUCUGUUUUUUUCUGGUGGAUCGAGUGGGUCGCCGGCCACUGCUGAUCUUCUCUUCGGCCGCGGUCUUUUUGUCGUCCAUUUUCCUGGGACUGUACUUCAAGAUCUGGAUGCAGUUGGGUGACGCCACACUGUCCUGGAUCGCCCUCUUCUUCAUCGUUCUGUUCGUUUGCUCGUACAGCGCCGGAGUGGGAUCGCUCACCUGGCUGCUCAACGUGGAGCUGGUGGUGAGGCACAUGCAACCCGUGGGCUGCUCCAUUGUCUGCGCCUGCAACUGGUUGACCGCCUUCUUCGUCAUCUGCUGGUUCACCUGCCACGAGGUCAAGUGCCAGCCAUACCUCUUCCUCCUGUUCGCCAUCGUCUCGGUCUUCAUCACGCUCUUCGCCCUGGUCUACAUCCCCGAAACCAGGGGCCUGUCCUCCGGGAAGAUCCAGCAGCGGCUGGGCGGGAUCAUGAACCGACCGUCGGCGGUCAUCUUCACAUCCAGCAGCGACUCGUCUAACUCCUAGU